UAAUCCUCAUUAGGUAAAAUUAUCGGUUACCUCACAGAAUAUUUAAAUAUUUAAUCUAAUAAUGCAGAAGACAUUAAAACAAAAGCUACAAAGUAAUGUACUAUUAUGUAAUAUUAGAAUAAAAGGACCCAUUUAAGGGUAAAAUCACAUACGGAGCGGGUGAGUAGAAUAAUAGUCGCGUAAAAGCAAGACGCUGUCUUCAAUAAGAAUAAACGUUAGUAGAGGGAUUUCGUUGAGCAGGAGCUCGGUGUUCCCAGUCGGCUUAAGCUCGCGCAAGCUCAAGCUAAGGGGAAAAAGGAGAGCGCUUGCGCGUACCUACUCGACCUAACCUUGAUUAGCGUCGACAGGAGGAGCGGUUGGCUAUGCGCCUCGGAAACGCAAAAAGUCGAUUCCCGUGGGUGGUCGUCGCGUUUCGGCAUCGCGACGACGAGGAACAACUAGUAGUAGGCAACCGUAGACGAGCGCAGUUACAACUCGUUCGUUCGUUCGUUGGACUAUGGAAGGAAGUGCUAGUAGUACAACUACUGGUACUGCUGCUAUUGCUACUAUUGCUAGUACUACUACUGCCUCUGCUGAUGCUGCUAUGUCGUCGAAAGGGCGCUCAAACGAGGCCUGAACAACGAGGAUGCAGUUUAGAUCCAUAAACUCGGUCAACCGGAUCCAGAUCCAAACUGAUCGACCGACCAAAACCACCCUCCUCACUUACCGUCAUCGUCUGUAUCGUCAUCGUCGCCGCCGUUAUCGUUAUCAUCACCGUAACGCCUAUCCUCCUUCAUCUUCCUCUACAUCUUCAUCGUCAUCUCACGAACGCGAAACUCCAACGAACCUGAUCCUAACAUGCUGGCGGAGAUGGUUCGUCUCUCUUACCAACAUCGAGCAUUCUACUGCUACAUGAUUCUCAGCGUGUGGAUCUUCCUGCUAGUUGCAGGAAUGUAUAAAUAUAUCGGAGUCGAUGAGAGGAUUUCAAGGCAAUCUAAAACGUUAAGCAAUGAUAUAUCCAUAAGAGAAUACCCGCGUAACUUGAAAUCAGAUAUUAAAACGAAGAAGAUAUUUCGAUUUUGUAAUUCCCCUAAUGAAAUUAAAACAGAUGCCGAAGGAAAAAUAGAUGGUUUAACAUUAAAUGGUAUAGUGAUAAUUACUCGUCAUGGAGAUCGAGGACCUUUGGCUCAUAUAAGAAAUAUAAGUACAGUUAAUUGCGGUGGUGACUUUGGUGCACUUACAGAAUUAGGAAACGUUUAUCAAAAUUAUCUAGCUUUUCUACAAAACGUCUCAAGUUAUUCCAGAACGGCAUGGGCACAAUUUUUAGGACCAUUCCAUGGAUUCCCAAUGAUUCCCAAUAAUCCAAAAGAUUGUAAGAUCGCUCAACUUACGACGGUCGGUAUUGGACAAUUGUUAAAAACCGGGAUCAUAUUGAGAAAUGCGUAUUACCAUAAGCUUAAUUUAGGAAACGGUACUAUAUCUAGCAAGGAUGUCGUUGUUUAUAGUACUAGAUAUAGAAGAACAGUACAGAGUGCUGUUGCAUUGUUAUAUGCAUUAUUAGAAAAUGAUACUUUUCAAAAUUUGGCUAAAAUCACGUUACAGGAAAGUCAAAGUUAUUUAUUUUGUUACGUCGAUUGUGUCUGUCCAGCUGCUGAUGUCUAUUUAAAAACUUACUCAAAGGAAGUAUCAGAUCAUUUGAAAUCUCAUCCAGCAGUAACUGAUCUGAUAAAACAAGUAUCUAACACGGUUUUCGAAAUGCCAGAUGAAAAUCAAUCCCCCAAUCCAAACAUUUUGAGAGACGCUCUGUUAACAUACGUUUGUCACGGUGCCUCCCUACCAUGUGUAGAUUUUGAAACGCAACGAAUGUGCGUUAAAACUGAACAUGUAACCGGUCUUUUUGCAUAUACUGAAUGGGAAACUAAACAAAUUGCUAAAAGUAAUAAUAGAAAAAAGAUUGGUUUACUCAGAGGAUAUGGACUACUUCGUAGUAUAGUAACUUACAUGCUUCGUAUUAUAUCAGAAGCUAAACCAAAAAUAGUUUUGUACUCUGCUCAUGACAAAACAUUAGAAUAUCUUGCUACUGCAUUAGGCAUAAUAUCCGAUAGAAUGUAUCUACCACAGUAUGCUUCUCGUUUCAUUAUCGAAGUAUAUAAAAUAAAUUCGAAAAAUGAGAAUCACGUUGCCAGUGAUUUUUACUUCCGCGUAUUAAUAAACGGUAAAGAUUUGACACAAGAGAUACCAUUUUGUAGAAAUGCCAAUUUUUAUAGCGCUACAUAUGUUGAACCCGAUGACAUCACAAAAACAAGAAAAGAUUCUAAGCUUUGUCCGAUCGAGACGAUUAUAAGACACUUACAUGACGAUUAUUUUGUACCUUUUAAUACCACUAAUUUUAAAGAUGCCUGCUCUAAUACUAAAUACGUAUAAUAUUUUUCAAUUAAAAUAUAAAAAUCGAUAAAACGCAAUUACUUUAA